ACAUGCGGCGCGGACACAUACCAUCUGCACAAGACGAUUGUGUGCACCAGAUCUGAGUUCUUCAAGAGGUCUGAGCGUUUCACUGCUGGCAAAGAAGCCGCCGAGAAUAAAGUCGACCUGCCCGAAGACGACCCUUCACCGAUCAAAGUGCUUAUCCAGUACCUGUACGAGAACGAACACGAACCGAAACUUCCAACUAUCGACAAAUCGAAUGUUUAUACGGAGAUCAAUAUCCAGAGCUCCGGUACAUGGACACCGUCACGGCUUCCCUCAUACAGGCUGCCUACAAUACUUCAAAUGUGGUCUGGCUUCUGCGAAAUCUGUUGCCCCAACUACGUCUCACCGUUCCAAGGGUUGAGGGAGGACUCCAGUCAGUUGCUCCUCCACGCCCGGAUGUACAAACUCGGGGACAAAUACACUGUCAUAGACCUCAAGGAGCUGGCACGAGAGAAACUCUCGCGUGCUUGCGAGCACUUCGCACCCGCCGUCCGUUGCGCCUUCUCAACUACACCUGACACCAACGUUGUGCUUCGAUCCAUCAUCAUUAAUGUGCCGAGCAAGCAUGUUGAGAUUUCAGGCAAGCCAGACAUUGAGAUCCUACUGCACGAGUUCAAUGAUCCUGCAGUUGGGCUGCCGAAGCGAAGAACCAAGCAACAGAUCUGA